GUAAACAUACAUAAUGCUACAUAUAUCCCAAAACAGUACAUUCGUUUUUCUUCCAUCUCAUAAGGUUCUUUCAGUAGUGACGUCGGAAGCGGGGAUUCUUUCCCCUCUCCACUCGGUGAAUUAAUUCAAUUGAGUCCAGGUACAAAAACUAACUCUUCUCUCUUCGUCUUCUAUCACCUGUCUGAGCUACUCUUCCAAUCUAUCUUCUUCUAUCAUAUUUGAUUCUCCAAACAGUCACCAUGGCACCAUACAAUGUUCGGUGGGGUAUUAUGGCCACAGGAUGGAUUGCCGACGUCUUCGUACGAGAUCUCCUAAACGACCCUACCCUCCGAGACGCCUCGGACGUCUCCCACACAGUCACGGCCGUCGCAUCCUCUUCGUCCAAGGAGCGUGCGAAUAAGUUCAUCGCCGAUACAGGAAUUCCCGGUACUUGUACCGCCUAUGGAACAUAUGAGGAACUCGUGGCCAACCCGGACGUGGAGGUGGUGUACGUCGCUACGCCACACUCGCACCAUUAUCAGAAUGUGAUGCUCGCGCUAGGAGCCGGAAAACAUGUGCUGUGUGAGAAGGCUUUUACCGUCAAUGCGGCCCAGACGAAGAUUCUAUGCGAAACGGCGCAGAGAAAGAACCUGUUCUUGAUGGAGGCUGUGUGGACUCGAUACUUCCCGCUGAGUGUCCAAAUUAGGGAGUUGAUUAAAAAGGGAGCGAUUGGCGAGGUUUUGCGUGUGAUGGCGGAUAACAGUUUUGGAGAUGAUGUUGAGGAUAAAUGGGGAACUAAACACCGGAUGGUGAACAAGGAUCUUGCCGGGGGUUGCUUGUUGGACUUAGGAAUCUACUCAUUGACCUGGGUCUUCCAAACCCUUUACCACACUCUUCCUCGAGAACAGCGCAAACCCCCCUCGGCCGUUUCCGCACACAUGUCCCUCUACCACCUCACCGGCGCAGACGAAGCAACCACAAUGCUCCUUAGCUUCCCAACCUCUACCCCAUCCAACAACCCUCAUCCGGGUCGGUCAACAGCGGUGGCCAUGACGAACCUUCGGGUGUCUACAGACCCAGACGAGAAGGGUUCCAGCCGUCCCACGAUCCGCAUUCAAGGAACCAAGGGCGAAAUCCAGGUGGAGGGCCCGGCAUUCCGACCAGAGAGAUAUCGUAUCAUUCCCAAAAAGGGCGAAGGCGAGAUUAGGGAUGUUGAGUGCCCGUUCCCUGGCAAUGGGAAGGGCAUGUACUGGGAGGCUGAUGAGGUUGCGCGUUGUUUGCGUGAUGGGAAACUCGAGAGUGAUACUUUACCUUUGGAAGAGAGUAUUGUUAUCAUGGAGGUCAUGGAUGAGGUCAGGCGGCAGGGGGGGUUGACCUAUCCUGAGAACAUUGAGUCAACUGCUUAUCCUUUGCAGCUAUAAGUUGCACUCAAAUGUGUAACGACAUUCCCAGAGCAAAUUUGGUUUCAUGCACUACAAGUACAAAGUAACUAAGGCAUAAUGCUUGAAGAUACAAAUAUGAGAUAAUAUAUGUAGUGGUUCAAAACCAUUACUGUAAUACAUUAGAUGAUACUGCACCUUUAACAAAGAUUUUUCUUGAUAU